UGCAUAUCGCGGCGUAGCUUCCCAUGAGGUGCGCUACUUAAAGAGCAGUAUUCUGUGAAACAACCCGCAGUAUACGUACCAUGCCCCACAAACAUCCCAUUGACAUCCAUACAGGUCAUUUUGACCUCGACGUAUCCGGCGUUGCAGGGUUCUUCGGGGGCGAAGAAGCUAUCUCUGCAAUGCAAACUAUUCAUCUUUACAAGUACAGAAAAUGGAUGGGAUGGUACAACUCCCCCGGCAGCUGGAACGUCGGCAAGAAGUUCGGAAUGCUCGCAAAUUCCCGUUUGUGGGACGGGCUUUUCCCUGGACCCAAUGAAGACCCCGCUGAAUUCUUCGAGCUUGAUGGCAAGCAGGGUCCAAAAUACGUCGCCUCUAGAUCUGGAUCCAUUCUGGAGCACACCGGCCAUCUUGCGUAUCUGAUGAUGCAGAUAUGCAAGGAGGAGCCGGGAGUGCCAGUGGCAGGAAGAGUCACGAAGUGGAAUCAAGUGACUGUUAUCCAGACACAACUCGUUUUUGAAGAGUCGACAGCAAAAGACAAGCCGCCAGUACGCACAAUCUCACCUCAUGGUGGGCGUCAGACAUACGUUGCAAUUCUACCGAUAGCCGUCAGCUUCACCACAUGUGCGCUUUGCGGAUGGACAUACGACUGGUUCUGUUGUUCGAUGAUCCUUCUGGGCAUCAUCUCAAACGGCAUGUCCUCCUUGGUCAUAGGAUCUGCGAGUUUAGAGCUGCAAGGUGUGAAGUCAGCACCUACGGCUCCGCCCGGAGACGGAAUGCUGAUGGACGGCGAUAAUAUCGUCCUCCUGCUCGGGAGAGAGGAAAAUGUCGCUACCAUUACGAGAGGUAGAUUCACUUUAAAAUAUGGGCCUUGGGUUAAGAAGAGGAGCAGGAAGGAAAAGAUGAAACGUUUCGUUCUUAGAGACGGAACGGAGUCGACCAAGUCGAAGCGCAGAAGUGAUGCAGAAGCUGGUCGUCGAAACAGUUCUUUACUAGACCAUGGUCCAAACCAGGAAGCUAUACCCAUCAGGGACGAGUAUGCUGCUAUUGGACUGUGUUCGCUCCUGCUCGUCACACAACUCCUCGCUCAACUGCUCUUGAUCCCCCAGGGCACAUUAUUUGGUCAAAUCAUGUUUCUGUCCUCUUUCGCAGCCUCGUGGGCGUACAACUUGUACUUGUCCUCAAUCGACUACGAGUAUAUCCAGGAACAAUUACUCCUGAAAGUACUCAAUCUGGAUGAGCAACAUAUGCAGACUUACAGCCUUGGCACGAGAACAACUGCCGCUGUAUUUGCAUGCCUAAUGCUCCAGCCUCCUGGUGUUUGUGAAGAAUCGGAAUGGAAGAAACUAGGUUUCGAACCAGAAGGUAUCCUCCGCAAAUUCAUUCCGAAUGAUACGCCAGUAUGGAUGACGUGGAGAGAAAAGGUCUUGAGUGUAAUGAGAGACCAGAAAGUUCACGGCCGAGACACGGACCGCUUGCUCCAGAUGAGUGACAAGGAGAAAGAUAUGUUCAAGGCGAACUUGAAUGACCAAAAGCUUCUCGAAAAGCUGUUAGAGGACGCUCGCACCGCAUACAAUCUGGCCAUGAAAGAACAGCUUCGGCUUAGGUCUGGCUGAGGAAAGGUCAUCUUGUCGAUGACCAGUAACUUGUAUCUACUACUAGUAUGUACAUUAACUUGAAUGCAUGCGACGGUAAAUUAGUAAUCAACUAUGCCUUUGAUCUGCCACAUGCUAAUUGGGCAUACGACGAUGAAAGUGUUUGGCUGGCAUACACCAAUUGUAUAUAAAAGCCAUUCUACUCGUUUCAACUCGAAAAACACCAUCAAUACUCCACCAUGAAAUUUCCUUUACUCACUACUAUU